CCCUGAUUCUCUCCACAUCUCUCACCAGUCACCACCAGAACCAAGCAAGCAAAAAAAGCGAGCACUCACUCACUCACUCACUAAUUCAGAUCUAAAGAUUCCAAAUCGCGUAAAAGAACCGCAAGAAAUCUAGAAACUUUCUUGUCUAGCCAUGGAAACGACGCCGUCAGAGUCAUCUUCUACGCCAUCAACAACAGUACCAAAGAAGAAGCAAGGAUUAGGAUGGGUAGAAUGGCUAAGAGGAUGGAUGUACAUACUAUACGAGAUGUUAUUUCAGCGAAUCAUGGCUAGUCACUUGCAGAACCCUCUCUCUUUACCUCCUAUCAACAAUCUCACUUGCAUUGUCACCGGAUCCACCAGCGGUAUCGGUCUCCAAAUCGCCAGGCAAUUGGCGGAAUCCGGAGCCCAUGUUGUUAUGGCUGUUAGGAAUACCAAAGCAGCGCAUGAUUUGAUUCAUAAAUGGCAGUCCGAAUGGACUGGACUCGGCCUUCCUCUUAAUAUCGAGGUGAUGGAGCUUGAUCUUUUGUCCUUGGAAUCGGUUUCGAGGUUUGCCGAAGCCUGGAAUGCGCGAAUGGGACCUUUGCAUGUUCUUAUUAAUAACGCUGGAAUAUUUUCCAUUAGAGGACCACAAAAGUUCUCAAAGGAUGGGUAUGAAGAACACAUGCAAGUGAAUCAUCUAGCUCCAGCAUUGCUUUCGAUAUUGCUUUUGCCAUCCUUAAUUAGAGGCUCUCCAAGCAGAAUUAUCAAUGUGAAUUCAGUUAUGCAUUAUGUUGGCUUCGUUGACACUGAAGACAUGAAUGUUAUUUCUGGAAAGAGAAAGUAUACAAGCUUAGUUGGAUACACCGGCAGCAAGUUAGCACAGGUCAUGUUUAGUAGUGUUCUGCACAGGCGGCUUCCAGCUGAAUCUGGCAUCAGUGUAUUAUGUGUUUCCCCUGGAGUAGUCCAAACGAAUGUUGCAAGGGAUCUUCCCAAAAUUGUGCAAGCUGGUUAUCACCUAAUACCGUAUUUUAUCUUCAAUGCCCAAGAAGGUUCCAGGAGUGCUCUUUUUUCAGCAACUGAUCCUCAGAUUCCUGAAUACUGUGAGUUGUUAAAAUCAGAUGACUGGCCAGUUUGUGCAUUCAUUUCUCAAGAUUGUCGACCAACAAAUCCUUCCGAAGAAGCACACAACAUCGACACCGCGUAUGAAGUGUGGGAGAAGACUUUAGAGAUGAUCGGCCUGCCUUCGGAUGCUAUAGAGAAGUUAAUAGAAGGGGAAGAAGUUAGGUGCCGUUAUGGGGAACGUCAGGAGUAGACAUUGUGCUGCUAUCACACGGGAAGGUACUAGUUCUUACCAGGCAGUUAACUUGGAAUGCAUGUAUACUAAGUAUUUUUAACAUCAAUCCUUAGAUUUGUGAUCAUUUCUAUCGUGUAAUGGAAAGUUGUUUUACAUCACUAUAUGAAUUUUCCCAGUAGGUUUGAGCAAGGCAGCCUUUAACAUGCUGCUCCGCUGCACCACACAGAUUUCUUCAUGUAAAUUACUGCUGUCUCCAGACCUGUAUAUUUCUUGGAUAAUUAGAGGACAGAAGGAAAAGAAUGGAUAACCAGACAUGAAAGACUUUCAUGCAUUCCUGUCC